AUGGGCUCUCUCCCCACUGAAGAUGUCCUGGACGCGCUAAUCGUGGGCGCCGGCUUCGCAGGCGUCUACCAACUCAAGCGCCUGCGCGAGGAGGGCUACAAAGUGAAGCUGGUAGACAGCGCCUCAGACUAUGGCGGCGUAUGGUACUGGAACCGAUACCCUGGGGCCGGGGUCGACAGCACCGUCCCACACUACGAGUUCUCCGACCCUACGCUGUGGAAAGAGUGGACGUGGUCGCAGCGCUUCCCCGGGAGUGCCGAGAUCCGCGAGUACUUCGCAUUUGUCGCGCAGAAGUGGGACCUACGGCGAGACACCGAGUUCAGCACACACAUCGCCAGUGCCAAAUGGCACGAGCCGAGCCUCACCUGGGUCAUCAAGAGCAGUUGUGGCAAGGAGUACCGCUCCCGGUUCUUCCUCCUAAACACGGGCUUCGCGGCCAGACGAUACAUCCCGGACUGGAAGGGCAUCGACUCGUUCCAAGGCACCUUCGUCCACCCCUCCUACUGGCCCAAGGAAGAGCCCGACCUCCGCGGCAAGAAAGUCGCUGUCAUCGGCAACGGCUCCACAGGCGUGCAGAUCGCGCAAGAACUCAGCCAGGUAGCGGAGGAAUUCGUACUCUUCCAGCGGACGCCGAACACAGCGCUGCCCCAGAAGCAAAUCAACUUCAAAGACAACGAGCACGAGCGGGUCCCCAAAGAAACCUACCCGGCCAUCUACGCCGGACGCACGACCAGCUUCGGCGGCUUCGACUUCAACUUCCUCCCGCGGAACACAUUCUCAGACACCCCGGAGCAGCGGCAGCAGGUAUACGAGACCCUCUGGCAACACGGCGACUUCCGCUUCCACCUCGGCAACUACCAAGACCUAAUGUUCUCCGCCGAAGCCAACGAAGAAGCGUACGCCUUCUGGCGCGACAAGGUGCGCGCGCGCAUCCACGACCCAGCCCUCAAGGAACUGCUCGCCCCCCAGAAAAACCUCUACCACUUCGGCUGCAAGCGCAUCCCGCUCGAGAUCAACUACUUCGAGAUGUUCAACCAGCCCAACGUAUCCCUCGUCGACGUCAACGCCACCCCUAUCGAGCGUCUCACCCCGCGCGGCAUCCAGACCACCGAGAAGGAGUGGGAAUUCGACUACAUCGUGUGCGCGACGGGCUACGACUCCUUCACGGGCGGUCUGAAGCAGAUUGAUAUCGAGGGCGCCGGCGGCGCGGACCACACCCUCGCUGGCAAGUGGAAGGCUGGCACAAAGACCUACCUCGGUAUGUCGGUCUCUGGGUUCCCCAAUAUGUUCUUCACGUAUGGGCCCCAGGCGCCGACGGCGCUGUGCAACGGGCCGACGUGCGCGGAGUCGCAGGGUGAGUUCCUCGUUAGCAUGAUGAAUCAUUUGGCGAGGGAGGGGCGCGGGAGGAUUGAGGCUGGGGAGGAGGGCGAGGCUAAGUGGGGGGAUGAUGUGAGGAAGUUUGCGUAUUCGUCCUUGUUGCCGGGGACAAAGUCGUGGUACAUGGGCGACAAUAUCCCCGGGAAACCGCGCGAGCCACUUAUCUACCUGGGGGGCGUGCCGAACUAUUACAACUCGCUGAAGGAGUGUGCUGAGCAGGGGUAUGCUGGGUUUGCGAUAUCGUGA